UCCGGCUGCUGCCGAGCUGCGCCAGGAGGAGGGGGUGGAGUAUGUGGCGCCAAGAUCAUGCCUAACCGCGAGGGUGUUCCGGGCUGCGGAGGCCGCCGGGCUUGGGUGGAAGGAAGCAGGGCAGAUGCAAAACCUGGAGAUCACGGGGGCCGGGCGGUCAGUCAGCACCCAGACUGACAGCAUGACCGGUCAAAUCCCAAGGCUUUCUAAAGUCAACCUUUUUACCCUGCUCAGCCUCUGGAUGGAGCUCUUCCCAGCAGUCGAAGGCCAAAGACAAAAAUCUCAGGAAAAGGAAGAGGGAAAGUGUGGACACUUAGGAGAUAAUGAAGAGAUGGCCAGAGUAUCUACUGACAAAAAACAGGUGAAGAAAACUGGUCUUGUGGUGGUGAAAAACAUGAAAAUUGUUGAUCUUCACUGUUCGAGUGAAGAGUUACAUGCUGGGAAAAUUGCUCUUAUAAAACAUGGGUCAAGGCUGAAAAACUGUGAUCUUUAUUUUUCCAGAAAACCAUGUUCUGCUUGUUUGAAAAUGAUUGUAAAUGCUGGAGUUAACCGAAUUUCAUAUUGGCCUGCUGAUCCAGAAAUAAGUUUGCUUUCUGAGACUUCUACUUCUGAAGAUGCAAAGUUAGAUGCCAAAGCAGUGGAAAGAUUGAAAUCAAACAGUAGGGCCCAUGUGUGUGUCUUGCUUCAGCCUUUGGUGUGUUGUAUGAUGCAAUUUGUAGAAGAAACCUCUUAUAAAUGUGACUUUAUUCAAAAAAUGGCAAAAACAUUUCCAGAUACUAACAUUGACUUUUAUUCCAAAUGUAGACAAGAAAGAAUAAAAGAAUAUGAAUUGUUAUUUUUUGUUUCAAAUGAAGAACUACAUAAGCAGAUUCUGAUGACUAUAGGUUUGGAGAAUCUAUGUGAAAAUCCAUACUUUAGCAAUCUAAGGCAAAACAUGAAAGACCUUAUUCUACUUUUGGCCACAGUAGCUUCCAGUGUUCCCAUCUGUAAACACUACGGAUUUUAUUGUGACAAGACUGAACAGAGUAAUGAAAUUCACAAUCAGAGUUUGCCACAAGAAAUUGCAAGGCACUGCAUGGUUCAGGCCAGGUUAUUGGCAUAUCGAACUGAGGAUCAUAAAAUAGGAGUUGGAGCAGUCAUUUGGGCAGAAAAAAAAUCUCAAAAUUGCGAUGGGACAGGCAUGAUGUACUUCAUAGGAUGUGGUUAUAAUGCUUUUCCUGUUGGAUCUGAGUAUGCUGACUUCCCAAACAUGGAUGACAAACAGAAAGACAGAGAAAUAAGAAAAUUCAGAUACAUUGUCCAUGCGGAACAGAAUGCCUUGACCUUUAGGUGUCAAGAAAUAAAACCAGAAGAAAAAAGUAUGAUUUUUGUGACAAAGUGCCCAUGUGAUGAGUGUGUACCUUUAAUUAAAGGUGCAGGCAUAAAACAAAUCUAUACAGGGGAUAUAGAUGUUGGAAGAAAGAAGGCAGACAUCUCUUACAUGCGAUUUGGAGAACUUGAGGGUGUUAGCAAAUUUACAUGGCAGCUGAAUCCAGCAGGAACUUGUGUUCUUGAACGAAAUGAGCCUGAAAGCAGAGAGAAUGGUGUGGUGCGACCCAUCCCUCCGAAUGAAGAAAUGCACCCACACAAGAAGCUGUGUCUUGGAAACCACUAAGGAGACCUGUCUGAACUGGAGUGAAGACGUCAAGAAUUUUCAUUGCACUUUAAAAAGUCAGCCUUGUUAACUCAGACAAUAAGGCCGGACUUUGCAAGUAGUUGAAAAGAAUCUGGGAAUCCUAAUUCAUUACUAGCAUAUGAAUGACAUUAAUGGUAAUAUUUUGAGAUUUGCUUUCUGGAAUAUAGUUCCGUGCUCUUUUACUACACUAAAUGGGGUACCAGUAGUGGAGGCAUAGUGAGGCCAGCUUGAUGGCCCACGGGAUUGGUCUCUCCCUGUUUGCUGUAUAUUCACCCGUCUAAAUGGGGGUGUGGUUCACUGGGGGUCACAUCUCAGCAGAGAAAUACACAUCUUUUAAGAAACAUUAAUUCCCUUGGAUUACAACGGUGACAAUCAAUAAAAUGCUCCAAGGAUUUUAUUUUAAACAACCUGGCCAUUUUAUUUUAAAUGUUUUUAUUGAUUUUAGAGGAAGGGAGAGAGAAAAGUAGAAACAUCAGUGAUGAGAGAGAAUCAUUGAUUGGCUGCCUCCUGCACACCCGAUACUGGGAAUCGAGCCUGCAAACUGGGCGUGUACUCCGACCGAGAAUCGAACUGGUGACCUCCUGGUUCAUGGAUGAACAUUCAACCAUUGAGCCAACCUGGCCAUUACAAACAAUUUUUUAAAAAUCCUCACCCAAGGAUAUGUUUUCCAUUGAGAGUGGAAAGGAAGUGGGGAGGGGAGAGAGAGAGAAAGAGAGAGAGAGAGAGAGAGAGAGAGAGAGAGAGAGAGAGAGAGAGAGAGAGAGAAACAUCAAUGUGAGAGAGACAUUGAUGUAUCCAACCAAGUAUCAAACCUGUAACCUAGGUAUGUGCCCUUGACCAGAAUUGAACCUGUGACCCUUCGAUGUGAGGGUUGACACUCUAACCACUGGGCAUGCCAGCCAGGGCCAACCUGGCCAUUUUAAAGAGUCAUUGUAUGAAUCACCAGAAGUUCACAUUUAUACACAAAGCUUUCUAAUAACCAGAACUUAUUUAAGAUUGACUCACAUAAAUGAAGUUAGUGGACUUUGUCUGCAUUACUAGAAGUAUAUUUUUUAAAAGGUUAUUAAUUUUUCUUAAGUCUUUCAUAUGUAGAAAUCAUAGUGAUUUGUUGGACUACAAUGAUAUAUUACUGAUUUAGGAUAGCAAUAGGAAAAUAUUAUUUUGAGAUAGUAUUACUAUUUGAUAGCACUCCUGAAAUCACUAGCAAUGAAUUUUCAAUUUGGUUAUGAUUAACAGAGAAGAAAUAGUUUGGAAUAUUGAAACUAGCUUUUUAGAAUUCUAUUCAUAAUGAUGACCAUUUUCCCUCCACAUAAUUAACACCGAGUGUCUCAUGGCUUUGAAUUCAAGGCCUUUCAAAAACAUUUGCAAUCAUUAAGCAUACUGACAGUCCUGAAAGUAAACUUAUGGUCAUUUCAGUUACAUCAUUCCAAACUGCUCUUCAGGAAUCAAAUCAAUCUCUCUCUCUCUCUCUCUCUCUCUCUCUCUCUCUCUGAGAAAUUUUCAGAAAAUUACUUCAAAGAUGAAGGUUCCUGCUUUGUACUUUCCUACAGUUAGAGAGGGAGCUGCAGUGGCCCUCAGGCCCGUGGCAGGCUGUCCUGAGGAACUACUCCCCUGGUGACAGAGAGGUAACCAGGCUUGGCUCUGCUGAUGUCCCUUCCUGUCCACGACACCACGUGGCUCCACAAGGCCUCUGCUGGUUCCUCAGAAUUGCACAGGACAAUCCGAAUCCUGACCAGAUGCUCUUGCUUGUACAGAAGGCUGUUUAGUUCCACUGGGAGUUCAAAGAAGUCAUAGCAGGCAGGUGAGAACUGCCAGCAUUUUUACACAAGGUGUAGGGCAUGGAAUAGAGAGGGAGGGAGAAGAGGUGCCUUUAGAGAUAACCAGUGGUUAAGCUCUUCUUUAAUAUUUAUCAAUAUGCAAACAGAUUUGUUUAUAUCCCCAGUUGCUUUCGUACACUAAUUAGAUAUACUUAAAAGUUUUCUUGGAUUUGUUGUUUUACUAAUACGUUACCUCCAUCAAAUGUUUUAUUAAUCAGUCAAUAUUUUGUAAGACCCAACCAAAAGCCUGGAAUACUGCCAGGUUUAUGGAUUUAUUGUUGGGUGUUGGAGGGGGGUGGAUAUCAGAAGAUACAUACAAAUGGGAGAAACAUACAAAAGGGAAAAGCUAUGAUUCGGAAAUGGAAAAUUGAUAUUUCCAUAGCACUAUUAAAAUGGUCAUGAUAAUGCCAUCUUUUUCUGUACAACUGGUCAGAUUUCAGAAUUUAUUGAGAAUUUACUAUGUAGUACCAGAAGGUAAACUCUAUGAGGCAGGGAGAUAGAUAGAUAGAUAGAUAGAUAGAUAGAUAGAUAGAUAGAUAGAUGAUAGAUAGAUAUAGUUUUUUUAAACUGCUGAAUCCAGUGCCUACAACAGUGCCUGGCACAUAAUGGGCAUUCAGUAUUUGUUUACUGAUCGAAUGACUGCUGGACACUGGCCAGACGCUGGCGAUGAGAUGUGUAAGAAAUUCUCCCUGCCCUCAAGAAGCUCACAGUCUAGUGAAGGAUACAAAUAUGUAACCAAGUAAUAGAGAACAAUUAUCAGAAUGUGGUCCCUGCCCCAACGGGUUGGCAUCACCUGGGGACUUGUUAGAAAUGCACCUUCUUAGGGCUCAUCCAGACCUUAAAUCAGACACACGCUGGGGGGUGGGGCCGGGCAGUCUGUUGUCUUCGCAGGGCCUCCGGGUGAUUCUGAUGAGCUUCACGGCUGAAAACCACCCAGUGGAUGUAGGUAAGGAGCAGUGCAAGGGCCUCGUCAAGCAUGACUAGCAAACGUUUUUCCAUUUUUAGUUUUGCUUUUAAUGUAAGUGCACAUGUUGACAGAUUGGCUGACUUUAACAUGUACGUUGUAGUAAUAGAUCAAGGAUUUCCAUUAUUGUAAAUUCAGUUAUUUUAGUAAAAUUACACCUACACAUUUAAAAUGAUCAAAUAGUUCAUUAAACAUUACUUUGAAACAAUAGUCCCCCCUUACCCCAACCCUCCCCAGAGGCAAUCAGGUUUGACUAUUCUAGCUGAUUCUUUUGUAUUUAUCUCCAAAACUCCAAAUAAUGUCUAUAUUUUCCCUUAGUAGUUUUUCAGUUUUAGGCUUUUAUAUUUUGAAUUUCCAUUGUGGAAGGCUUUCUUUCACUUCAGUCUCCUCUCCACACACUUCCGUCUUCCGACUAUUGUUAUACUUUUAUUUUGGUUGCAUCAAUAUUCACUGUCUGUUAUUAUGACAAUGUAAAUGCUGUUCACAGUUUGUUACGUUGUGCACUAUGAUUACUUUUCCUUUCCUUAUUUAACUUAUUUUCCUGAAUUUAAAAAUUGUAUUUUCGCUGUGGGGGUUGGGUUUUUUAAAUUUUAUUACUAACCUAUAGCCAAACUCUUCUCCCAAUUCUGUAACCUUCUCUCAGUGCAUUCAAUACAUUAGGUAUCCUAAAAAAAAUUCUUGUACCUUCUAUCUAAAAAAGCCUCUGACUACCUCCAGUCUGGACUGAUUGCUCACUACACUUGCUGCACAGGUGUCUUCUGGGCUCUCCCUCAUACGUAUCUUGGGGAUCCCUCUUUCCUGGGACCCAUUUUUUCUUUCUCAGUUUGGUGGGGCAUAUCUUUCAGAAGAUUCCUGAGAAAGGGCACAUGGUGGUAGGAUGUCCUUCAGAUAAGAUUAUUAUUGGGAACAGUUAUGAUAUUGUGAGUGUCUGUAGUUUUUAUUUUAUUCUCACAUUUAAUUGGUAGUUCGAUUGGCUAUAGAAUUGUAGAUUGAGAAUAAUUUUCCCUCCGAAUUGUGAAGGCAUUGUUUUAUGAUUGUUGUUACUCUACUAGAAUGAGUUCCAAGGUUUGGGUUGAAACCCUACGUAGAGUUACUCAGCACUAGGUAGUCUGGGAUGGUGUGGCCUCCUGGGACUUGCAGAGCCUCCUGGGGCUUCACAUUCACAAGCACAGCUUCCCAAAUGUUGCCAUUGCGCCCUCUGUUCUCUUUGCCUGUAAGCUUACGUUUCAAACAAAACAGAAAUCCUCAACUUUCAUUGUAAUGAUUUUUGUGGAAAAACAGGUAAAUGUAUAUGCUCACUUCUCCAUUUUUGUAAUUUCUGUAAUGUUUUGGCUUUAAGCAUCAAAUUCUUUUCCCAUGGUUAUUUUAAACAUUGUAAAUCAUAUAUUUAGUGCAAACAGCCACCUCAUAAUGUCACUAUGUGUAUUUUCCUUAGGGAUAAGCCCCAAAAAUGUUGUGCCAGAGGAGUACGUGUUCUUGCCACGGGCAGUUUUUAAGAUUUGAUGGAGACAAGGAAUACUUAAAAAAUGCAUGCUUUCUGAAAAACUACAUGUGGGGAUAAAGAGUUAAAUCUUGUUUGACAU